AUGGGCAAAAAGAGUGUGGUCGCUCCAGGGGGUGAGAAUGGUCCCAAUACCAUCUUCAAGGCUACAUAUAGGUGUGUGUCUGCUCCUAGACGAUUUGUGGCAUAUGGUAGAAAAAGAGCAUUACUGACGUCCACUUAUCUUCACGAUUACUUGUAUGGUUUAGUGGAGUGUAAACCGGUAUACGAGAUGCUUUGUCGAGACGUCGCGGUCAUGCGACGGCGAGCUGACGCGUAUCUCAACGCGACUCAAAUAUUGAAAGUGGCAGGAUUCGAUAAACCACAACGUACAAGAGUGUUAGAAAGAGAAGUGCAGAAGGGUGAACAUGAAAAAGUACAAGGAGGAUAUGGGAAAUAUCAAGGAACAUGGAUACCGAUCGAAAGAGGUUUAGCCCUUGCCAAACAAUAUGGUGUUGAAGAUUUACUUCGACCUUUAAUCGAUUAUGUUCCUACGUCAGUUUCACCACCUCCUGCUCCCAAACAUACAGUUGCGCCACCUACUAAAUCAAGGAAAGAGAGAGAACCUAAAGCUGGCAAAGGUCAAAGUCAAGCAACACCUUCUAAAACUGGGCCCACAUCAGCAGCAGCAUUACAAGCUCAAGCUCAAUUGGCAGCUUCAGCAUCUCGAAAUACAAGAAUGCAAGAAUCAACUCCCGACGUAGAUACCUCAUUACGAUCAGGUGAAGUGGAAGAAACACCUUCUGCUACACCGGAAGAAGAUGAAUCAUCAAGUCAAACUCCAAGUCCAGUUGCAUCAGAUUCAGAAUUACUGGUUGAUGAACAUCAAAGUAUGGAUAUAGACAAUCUACAAAUGGGAAUGCCAAUGGGUGUUCAGAUGAAUAUGUUGCCUAUGCCCAUGGAAACAUUAGAUUCUGUAUCAAGGAAAAGAAACGCAGCUAUGAUGAUGGAUGAAGAUCAAGAUCAAUAUUCUCAAUUACGUCGUAUUCGUGGGAACUCAGCUGUUCAUACACCACAAGGCAGUCCACGACAUAUGGGAAUGGGUUUAGGAUCUACCGUACCAGGACAACAUGUGCCAGAUGAAACUCCUAUAGGUCCAGAAGGUUACACAGACAUGAUACUGAAUUAUUUCGUUUCGGAAACAAGUCAAAUACCACAAAUACUAGUUUCACCGCCACACGAUUACGACCCUAAUUCGAAGAUUGAUGAUGAUGGUCAUACCGCUCUACACUGGGCUUGUGCGAUGGGUAGAGUCAGAGUAGUGAAAUUACUUUUGACAGCAGGAGCGUCAAUAUUCGCUGGAAACAAUGCAGAACAAACACCUCUGAUGAGAAGUGUCAUGUUCUCAAACAAUUAUGAUAUGAGGAAAUUUCCUGAACUGUACGAAUUACUUCAUCGAUCAACGUUAAAUAUCGAUAAACAAAAUCGAACAGUCUUCCACCACAUUGCUAAUCUGGCUUUGGCAAAAGGUAAAACGCAUGCUGCCAAAUAUUAUAUGGAAACUAUUCUAUCUAGAUUAGCAGAUUAUCCACAAGAAUUAGCCGACGUGAUUAAUUUCCAAGAUGAAGAAGGUGAAACUGCUUUGACGAUAGCGGCAAGAGCUAGAAGUAGAAGAUUGGUCAAAGCUCUAUUGGAUCAUGGAGCUGAUCCAAAAAUCAAAAACAGAGAUUUCAAAUCUGCAGAAGAUUAUAUAUUAGAAGAUGAGAGGUUCCGGUCAUCACCUGUUCAGCCUAAUGGAAAUACAAAUGGUACAGGAGCGACUUCAUCUUCAAGACAACUUUCCAACCCAAACGAUAAUAACUCCAAUAACAAAUCAGGUAAAGUCGUGUUUGCUCCACAAUUAUAUUCCUCUGAAGCGGCCAGACUCACAGGUGGAACGGCCCUACAAGAUAUCACAAGUAACAUUCAGAGUUUAGCUAAGAGUUUCGAUAAUGAGUUACAGGGUAAAGAAAGGGAUAUAUUACAAGCGAAAGCAAUGUUAACCAAUAUUCAUUCAGAAGUGACAGAAGCAAAUAGGGUAAUAUCGUCUCUGAAUGAAAAAUCAUCUUCGAUAGAAGACAAGAAAAGAGAUUUGGAUUCAUUACAAAAUAACCUUAAAUCGAAUAUUCAAAAAUCGUUGAAGAACGGUUAUGAACAUUGGUUAAAGGGUCAAUUGAUAAGGGAUGAGAAUUGGAAAUCCGGUCAAUUAACUGAAAAUAUCAGUGAUCUGGAAGAAUUACAUAAUUUACCCACAGGCGGACAAGAAGUGAUUCAAGCUGAAGAAGAAAGAUUAAGAUGGGAAAUAGAAGAGAAAAAGAGAAAUAGAGCUGAUUUAGUUGAUAAGUUCGUUAAAGCUCAAACAGAGGCAGGGACAAGUGAACAAAUCGCAAAAUAUAGGCGGCUGAUAGCUGCAGGAUGUGGAGGUGCAAAAGUCGAAGAAGUUGAUGAAGUCAUGUCUCAGCUGCUAGAUACGCUGGAAAAUGAAAGUGAACAGAACAUAUACGCUCCUCCAGCGAUAGAAAAUGUCGCUUGGAUGACGUAG